ACCGAGCGGCAGGCCGCGGGUCUCCCCUGCCCGGCCAGGCCCUGCGACCUUAGGAUAAUACACUUCCUGCCGCUUUUUCCAUGGACGCACAAGCAGACCGUAUUUGUGCAGACCCUAGAUCGUGAGGUGCCGUAACGUGGCUUCUUGGCCAAAUGAUGCAUUACGGGCAGCUACCCGUGGCUUCGCGUAUUUCCUGCGUCCUUUGUAUUGGCCACACUGGACUGCGUUCGUGUGCGCCAAGCUGACCGCCGCAUCCAUCCCCGGGGCCUGGCCCGGGCUGUACGUGCAGUUUGUUGAGUGACCGGACUGUGAUUUACUUCGUGGAUGCCGCGCCGCGCCCCGCUCCCCCGCUGUCGGUGAACUUGCAGCCCUCCUUAUAGCCUGGAAAAAAUGACGGAUCUCGUAGCCGUUUGGGAUGUUGCUUUAAGUGAUGGAGUCCAUAAGAUUGAAUUUGAACAUGGGACCACAUCAGGCAAACGAGUGGUAUAUGUAGAUGGGAAGGAAGAGAUAAGAAAAGAAUGGAUGUUCAAAUUAGUGGGCAAAGAAACCUUCUGCGUUGGAGCUGCAAAGACAAAAGCAACGAUAAAUAUAGAUGCUAUCAGUGGAUUUGCAUAUGAAUAUACUCUGGAAAUUAAUGGGAAGAGUCUCAAGAAGUAUAUGGAGAACAGGUCAAAAACCACCAAUACUUGGGUAUUACAUUUGGAUGGUGAGGACUUUAGAGUCGUUUUGGAAAAAGACACUAUGGACGUAUGGUGUAAUGGUAAAAGAAUGGAGACAGCAGGUGAGUUUGUAGAUGACGGGACUGAAACUCACUUCAGUGUUGGGAACCAUGACUGUUACAUAAAGGCUGUCAGUAGUGGGAAGCGGAAAGAAGGGAUUAUCCAUAGUCUCAUUGUGGAUGAUAGAGAAAUUCCGGAGAUUCUUGAAUGACUUCAUGAUGGUGCAUUUUAAUCUUAAGAAGUAAAGAUCAAGACUUUUAAAUUACUGUGGUAAUUAAAUAUGUUCAAGAUGUACUUUUUAGUACACUUAGUCUCCCAACUGUUUAUUUUUUAGUUACUUAAAACUAUAAUAUUCCAAGGGUCAAAAAAAAAUUAUGUACAAUCAUAAAAAUUGCAAUUUAUUUUGUAAAUAAUGUAAAGUGUUUUAAAGCCAAAUGGAAAAUAAGAUAUGGACCAAAAUCACUAAUGUUUUACAAGAGGAACUUUAACUAUAAUAAACACUAUAAAAUAAAA